AUAAUUAAUUGCAUAUUUUUAAGGUUAAUUAAUUAUUAUAUUAAUUGAAAAUUAAGAAUAUUUUAACAAAAAUAUUCCAUUUUUAAAAUGCCUAUUGAUCAAAGACGAAUUAAUGGUCCAGAUAUCUCUAUACCUUAUUACAUUUAUUCUAAUCUUAAUAAAAAGAGUGACAAAGUAAAACAUGAUUUUAAUAUAAGAAAUGAUAAACGAGCUAAUAGUGAAAUGAGAAAAAUAUUUUUAAAAACAGGUAUUGUUAGCCAGGCAAAAGGAUCUGCCUAUAUCGAAUUAGGAAAUACAAAAGUAGUUUGUUCUGUCUUUGAUCCUAGAGAAUUAUCAAAUAGGAAUGGUUAUUGCACACAGGGAGAAAUUUAUUGCGAAUUCAAAUUUGCUCCAUUUUCUUGUCAAAAAAGAAAAAUUCAUCAACAAGAUGCAGAGGAAAAACAAUAUAGUUUAAUUUUACAAAGAGCAUUAGAACCAGCUGUAUGUUUGCAUGAAUUUCCUAAUUUUCAAGUAGAUGUAUAUGCAAUGGUCUUAGACAAUGCUGGAUCUUCAUUAGCAGCUGCAAUUAUGGCUGCUAGUACUGCUUUAGCUAAUGCAGGUGUUCCUAUGUUUGGUUUGGUUACAGCUUCUACUAUAGGUAUAUAUGAUAAUUAUUACUUAAUGGAUCCUACUGAUACAGAAGAGGUAAUAUGCAAUACACAACCAGAUAAUCAAGAUGAUUUUAAUCAUGGAAUAAUUACACUAGCUAGUCUUGCACAGCAUAAUCAAGUAUCUGAAGUAUUUUUAAUUGGAAGCAUUGAUACAAAAUCUAUUAUACAAGCAACAGAAAUUUUAAUAACAGUUAACAAAGAUAUUUGUCCUGUACUUCAACAAUGUUUAGUAAAAACUAUUAUGAAAUUACAUAAUUAAAUAAAAUAAUAAAAUAUUUCAUUAAAACAAGUUCGUCACAAUAAAAUGUAUAUUUUUAUAAUAAAAAUUUUUUAAUAUUUGUACAA